UCCGGCUCCCCGGGCCAGUGUCGCCCCGCCCUGCAGCCCACAGCCUCCCCCUCCAGCCCCCGUCGCAGGAGCUGUCAAGCCCGCGGCAGCUGAACCAGCCCCCGAGCUCCCGCGUCUCCUCUCCUUCCUUUGUGUGCGCGCGAGCGGAGUUGGGGCGGAGGGAGAAGGGGGAGGUCGCUCUGUCUGUCUGUCUCCCGCAGCCUUUGCCCGGGCAGCUUGAAGUGCCGCCGGCGAGGCGGGAGCCGGGGGGAGGGUGCGGGGAGCUGGCGGGGCGGCUCGGGGCCGCCCGGGCGCCCUGGUCCCAGCCGCGCGCUGGGGAGCGCGGACUGCAGCUGGGGCUCAGCUGGAGGCACGAUUCGUCUGCUCCGGCCGCCCCUCGGCCUCCCUCCGCUCCCACCUACCCUCGACACUCGGAGAAAAGCGUGCGAAGGCGCCGAGAGUGACGGAAACCACAAAUAAAUAGCGGCGGCAGCAGCGCGUCAUCUGGCGGAGCAGGAAGUGCAGGCAGAGUCCGGAGGCUGGUGCUUUCUGCGCGUCCCCAGGACUUUGCCAUGGGCUGGGGGCCGCGGAGGCUGCGAGCUGCCGGGCCAGGACAGCGGCGGCGGCGUCCGCACCGGGGCUGAGCGAGCAGCGUCGCGCGGGGCGCGCGGAGAUGGCAGCGUCCAGCAACUCCAGCCUGUCCGGCUCCUCGGUGUCCUCCGAUGCUGAAGAAUACCAGCCUCCAAUAUGGAAAUCAUACUUGUAUCAGUUACAGCAAGAGGCCCCUCGUCCCAAGAGGAUCAUUUGUCCUGGGGAGGUGGAAAACAGACCAAAAUAUUAUGGAAGAGAGUUUCAUGGGAUCAUCUCCCGAGAGCAGGCAGAUGAGCUUCUCGGAGGCGUGGAGGGCGCCUACAUUCUUAGAGAAAGCCAGCGCCAGCCAGGGUGCUACACGUUAGCACUAAGGUUUGGAAACCAGACCUUAAACUACAGGCUCUUCUAUGAUGGAAAACACUUUGUGGGUGAGAAGAGGUUUGAAUCGAUUCACGAUCUGGUCACAGAUGGCUUGAUAACGCUGUACAUAGAAACAAAAGCUUCUGAAUACAUUUCCAAAAUGACAACAAAUCCCAUCUAUGAACACAUUGGAUAUGCCACUUUACUCAGAGAAAAAGUAUCCAGGAGGCUAAGCAGGUCUAAAAACGAAUCAAGAAAAGCCAACGUCACAAAUGAAGAACACACAGCGGUUGAAAAGAUCUCCUCCCUGGUCCGAAGGGCCGCCCUCUCACACAACGACAACCACUUCAACUAUGAGAAGACACACAACUUUAAGGUCCACACGUUCCGAGGCCCGCACUGGUGUGAAUACUGCGCCAACUUCAUGUGGGGGCUUAUUGCCCAAGGGGUCCGAUGCUCAGACUGUGGAUUGAACGUACACAAACAGUGUUCCAAGCAUGUUCCCAAUGACUGCCAACCUGAUCUCAAGAGAAUCAAGAAGGUGUACUGUUGUGACCUGACAACACUCGUGAAGGCUCACAACAUGCAGAGACCCAUGGUGGUAGACAUAUGCAUUCGGGAAAUUGAAGCAAGAGGACUAAAGUCAGAAGGGCUUUAUAGAGUUUCCGGGUUUACUGAACACAUCGAAGAUGUCAAAAUGGCAUUUGACAGAGAUGGUGAAAAGGCCGAUAUAUCUGCCAACAUCUAUCCAGACAUAAACAUCAUCACUGGAGCCCUUAAACUGUAUUUCAGAGACUUACCCAUUCCUGUCAUCACCUAUGAUACCUAUUCCAAAUUUAUAGAAGCAGCAAAAACCUCCAGUGCGGAUGAGAGGCUGGAAGCAGUCCACGAAGUGCUGAUGCUGCUUCCCCCUGCCCACUAUGAGACCCUCCGGUACCUGAUGGUCCACCUAAAGAAGGUGACUCUGAAUGAAAAGGACAAUUUCAUGAAUGCUGAAAAUCUGGGGAUUGUAUUUGGGCCCACGCUGAUGAGGCCCCCUGAGGACAGUACCCUCACCACCCUCCAUGACAUGCGGUACCAAAAGCUGAUUGUGCAGAUUUUAAUAGAAAACGAAGAUGUUUUGUUUUAAUCCACCAGGGAAGUGAGCUGAAUGGCCCCAGACCCAUCUAAGUUGAUAAGGCUAAAGAAAUAAAAACAUCUUUUACACUUGAUUUGUUUUCCAAACAAGUGGCGGAAUUUCCUGGACCACAGAGGAUCGCCCUGUUGGCUCUUGUGUCUCAUAGACACUGGCCCCCUCCACAGGAGAACAGCAAGGAUGAAGGUGAGAAAAAGCCCUCGCCUGGGUCUUUGCUGUGCCUUGUAUGUCUGUUUUGCUGGAAGAGUGAUUAAUAAAUCUUUCUUUAACUUAUUAAAAAACAACGUAGACCUUUAAACUUCAGUCUUAUCAGUAAUAAAAGGGAACUUAAUUCAUAGAGGUACUUGAUACAGUUAUACAUUUUCCACUGACAAAAAGAAGACAAUUCUAUGUUAAAUGUUAAAUGAAACUUAUAUUGUAAAAUGUAUUUUUAUUUUAGCUGCAAGAAUGUUACUUUAUUUUAGCAAAUAGAACUCACUCAAUGCAGUGCAUUGAUUAUUACCCUGUGUACCUUGUCCUGCCUUCUUGCUGUGAUCCCUGAAAAGUUUACCAUGAAUGCAGUAUUAUCUUGACAUACCUCUGUCCUUAUCAGUGCUUUGCAAUGAAAUUUCACCUCCCACCUCUGUCCCUGCUUUUGAUAGUUUUUGCUGUUGAGCACUGGCAUUUUGCUGUCGUGCGGUGUAUGUUUAUAGCAAUUGUAGGAUUGUCUGAAACAUCCACAAAUUUUCUUUCCAUAAAAAUUUUGUGAAAUCCCAAAGUAUGUUCUGGAAUUGGUCAUAGUCUUUCCAUAUCAUGUGUGUACAUCACAGAACAUGCAGAACAUGGUCAUUUUACAUAAAAUGAUUUGGAAACACUGGUUAUAUCUGGGCCAUGUAAAAAGUUAGCACUUCUUUCUUUUCAGGCAAGCAUUCUGAAUUCAUCUGUUAAUGUCAAGUUGCAUUUUCGCCACAUUUCUGUAUUUAUGAAAAGUGAAUCUGCAGUCGUUGAUUUUUUUCAUUUUUGUUUUAUAAACAAGCCUGUUUUUUAAAGAAUGAAUGUUUGGUUUUUACAAAUGUGUGUUCCUCCUUGAUCAAAGUAACUCUGAUGGAUAAUAAUUUCAUAUGAUUUGAUUACUAUAGUUCUAUCUUAUUGGUUAUAUUUAUCUAUCUUAGCAUGAGCUUUCCACACCAAGAUUUCUAUAUUUUGUAACAUAGGUAAAAUAUUCAAAAUGUCAAAAACUGUCAAUCAAUUUUUUUUCUUAACCCCAACUACAACGUCUUUUCCUCUGAUUAUCUGAGAUGAUUCAUGUCAUUAUACUCACUAGUCUUGUUUCAGAGUGACCAGAAGAGAAUUACUGUGUGGUAAGUGAGCUGAAAGGGGAGAGGGCAGUGCAGUUGUCAUCCUAGAAAGUCCCGAGGGCUAUGUGGAUGGACUCUGCUGGCACACGGGGGUCAGAAUGGUUCUACUUGGUCCCUGCUAGUUUCGUUCCUCCCAACUGUACAGAUUUGUUUGUUGUAGCUUAUGUACUUCUUGAUACUGUCAAAAAAUUAUCUGGAAAUGGUUUUAUUUUGUGAAGUGAUCAAUACUUUGUAAUUUAUGAUAGUGUAAAUGGAAGGAAAAGCAUUAAAUGUAUUAAAUUCUUCUG